AUGGCGGCGUCCUCCCUGGAGCAGAAGCUGUCCCGCCUAGAAGCAAAGCUGAAGCAGGAGAACCGCGAGGCCCGGCGGAGGAUCGACCUCAACCUGGAUAUCAGCCCCCAGCGGCCCAGGCCCAUUAUUGUGAUCACUCUAAGCCCUGCUCCUGCCCCGUCCCAACGAGCAGCCCUCCAGCUCCCGCUGGCCAAUGAUGGGGGCAGCCGCUCACCAUGCUCCGAGAGCUCCCCACAGCACCCCACACCCCCUGCCCGGCCCCGCAACAUGCUGGGGCUUCCAUCAACCUUGUUCAUGCCCCGCAGCAUGGAGAGCAUCGAGAUUGACCAGAAGCUACAGGAGAUCAUGAAGCAGACCGGCUACCUGACCAUCGGGGGCCAGCGCUACCAGGCCGAAAUCAACGAUCUGGAGAACCUGGGGGAGAUGGGCAGCGGCACUUGCGGCCAGGUGUGGAAGAUGCGCUUCCGGAAGACGGGUCACGUCAUCGCCGUCAAGCAAAUGCGGCGCUCGGGGAAUAAGGAGGAGAACAAGCGGAUCCUCAUGGACCUAGACGUGGUGCUCAAGAGCCACGACUGCCCCUACAUUGUGCAGUGCUUCGGCACCUUUAUCACCAACACGGACGUCUUCAUCGCCAUGGAGCUCAUGGGCACGUGCGCCGAGAAGCUCAAGAAGCGGGUGCAGGGCCCCAUCCCCGAGCGGAUCCUGGGCAAGAUGACUGUGGCGAUCGUGAAGGCGCUGUACUACCUGAAGGAGAAGCACGGCGUGAUCCACCGUGACGUCAAGCCCUCGAACAUCCUGCUGGACGAGCGGGGCCAGAUCAAGCUCUGUGACUUCGGCAUCAGCGGGCGUCUGGUCGAUUCCAAGGCCAAGACGCGCAGCGCCGGCUGUGCCGCCUACAUGGCGCCGGAGCGCAUAGACCCUCCGGACCCCACCAAGCCGGACUAUGACAUCCGGGCGGACGUGUGGAGCCUGGGCAUCUCCUUGGUGGAGCUAGCGACGGGACAGUUUCCCUACAAGAACUGCAAGACAGACUUUGAGGUCCUUACCAAAGUCCUCCAGGAAGAGCCCCCGCUCUUGCCCGGGCACAUGGGCUUCUCAGGGGACUUCCAGUCCUUCGUCAAAGACUGCCUUACUAAGGAUCACAGGAAGAGACCAAAGUAUAAUAAGCUACUUGAACACAGCUUCAUCAAGCGCUUCGAGAUGCUGGAGGUGGACGUGGCGUCCUGGUUCAAGGACGUCAUGGCGAAGACCGAGUCACCGAGGACGAGCGGAGUCCUGAGCCAGCACCACCUGCCCUUCUUCAGGUAG